AUGCAGAACAAUCAAAUUACGAGAAAAGGCAAGUAUCAAUCUGGCUGGUUCGAGUCUACAGAGCCUAGGCCGCGAGGUACAGAUUUGAUUCAGGAGGCUUUGGAGCAGGUGAGAGUGAUUCAGGAUAGACUCAGGACAGCUCAGAGUAGGCACCAGAGUUAUGCGAAUCGGAGGCGUCGACCUUUGAGAUUCUCUGUUGGUGAUCGGGUAUUUCUCCGUGUGUCGCCCAUGAAGGGUGUGAUGAGAUUUGGAAGACGGGGUAAGCUUAGCCCCAGGUAUAUUGGGCCUUUUGAGAUACUUCGGACAGUUGGGGAGGUUGCUUAUGAGUUGGCCCUACCUCCAGCAUUUUCAGCCAUCCAUCCAGUUUUCCAUGUCCCGAUGCUACGCCGAUAUAUUCCUGAUGAGUCCCAUGUGCUCCAGUAUGAUGCAAUUGAGUUGGAUGAUCAUUUGACAUUUGUAGAAGAGCCAGUUGCCAUCCUAGCCAGAGAUGUGAGGAAAUUGCGCUCGAGAGCCAUUCGUAUUGUUAAGGUCCGUUGGAGGCAUUCAGUCGAGGAGGCUACCUGGGAGACCGAGAAGGAGAUGCGAGAGCAGUUUCCCGGCUUGUUUGAGCCUUUAGGUACUUCUUAA